AUGAAUGUUUCUACAUCAACUUUUCAAACAAGACGGAGAAGAUUGAAGAAAGUAGAGGAAGAAGAAAAUGCGGCUACUCUCCAACUAGGCCAGGAAUUCCAACUGAAACAGUUAAACCAUCAGGGUGAAGAGGAAGAAUUGAUUGCCUUGAACCUAAGUGAAGCCAGGUUAGUUAUCAAAGAAGCUCUAAUAGAACGUAGGAGAGCAUUUAAAAGAUCACAAAAGAAACACAAGAAGAAGCACUUGAAGCAUGAAAACGCCAAUGAUGAAACUACGGCUGUAGAGGAGGAAGAUGAUGAUCUGGAUGAAGAUGACGUUAAUGCUGGUGAUGAUGAUUUUAUGCAUUCUGAAACUAGAGAAAAGGAAUUGGAGUCUAUCGACGUUCUGUUAGAACAGACCACGGGAGGAAAUAAUAAAGAUUUGAAAAACACCAUGCAGUAUUUGACAAAUUUCUCCCGAUUUAGAGACCAAGAAACCGUCGGGGCGGUUAUACAGCUUCUGAAAAGCACUGGGUUACAUCCGUUUGAAGUGGCGCAGUUAGGUUCUUUGGCCUGUGACACAGCCGAUGAAGCAAAGACUUUGAUUCCGAGUUUGAACAAUAAAAUAUCUGACGAUGAGUUAGAAAGGAUAUUAAAGGAAUUGUCAAACUUAGAAACGCUCUAUUAA